AUGCUAGGAAAAAGAAUUAUCCCAAACGUAUCCGAAGGCAACGCCCUCGUGCAAAUAUGCUCGGUAUUAAUAGUUUCCAUCGGUGGAUUUUCAAUAGGAGCCCACUUCGCGUGGCCGUCACCCUCCACUCCUCAACUGAUCCAAAACACCUCCUACAUCGGGCAGGUGACAAUCGAAGAAGCGUCUUACUUUUCGGUAAUAUCGGGCGUGUCCACGAUCGCUUCCUCCUUUCUUGUCGCGAACGCGAUGAAGCACGUCGGAAGGAAACGCAUCAUAUGGUCCAUGACGAUUCCCCAACUACUCAGCUGGAUACUGAUCGCCCAGGCGAAGAGCAUCGCCCCAAUCUACAUCGCGCGCGCCCUCAGCGGAAUUGGGGAGGCGAUCGGUUUCUGUACCAUAACGGUUUACAUCGGCGAAAUAACGACGCCCGAGCUUCGAGGGAAAUGGGGCAGCAUGUUUUCGUGCGCAACGCUCCUAGGUAACCUCUGCAUAACCGUCGCGAACGACUACAUUGGCAUCGCGACGGCUGCGUACAUUUUUCUCUUCGCGCCUCUUCUCCAACUUGUGCUGGUGGCGCUCCUACCGGACUCGCCUUAUUUCCUGCUUGAGAAGGGCCGGUACGACGACGCCAAAGCUGCGUUGAGACAACUGAGGUGGAAAACCGACGUCGACGACGAGUUUCUCGCCUUACGCAAAGACGUCGAGCGACAAAUCUCCGAGUCUGGCAGCUUCAUGGAUCUUCUUAAAAUUGUCACCAACCGCAGGGCCCUCUGGUACAUCUUCCAGUUAGCCGGAGCUGAAUCCAUUUCGGCCGAAGCAUCCUCAAUUUCGGUUGGCACGGUUUCGUUUGCGCUCUCCAUAUUUGCUUUGCCAAUUAUCAGUCGAUUCGGCAGAAGAGCAAUGUUAAUAACUUCCUAA